UGCUAUCCCUUGUAAGAAGAAUGUCACAGUUACUGGAUCCCUAAACUCUGCGGUCCUUCUGCCUUGUACCUUUAUGGUGGGGGACACAGACCAAAUAACUGUUGCGUGGAGCCAAGAUUCUGAUCUGGUGAUAUUUGACAAAAUGAAGUAUAUCAGGUUCUCGAAUAACAAGGAGGGGCGACUGAAGGUGUUCCCUUACAUGUCCAACAUAGGUAACUUCUCUGUCCAACUGGACAACUUACAGCAUUUUGACCAAGGCAGUUAUUGUUGUCAGAUCCUCAAUGAAUCCAACUGCAUCACUGUGAAAGUUAAUCUGCAAAAGCAUGAAUCGGGUUCCAGACCGCAGCAAGAGAACCUGCCAGAAAGUUUCUUUGUGGACAACUGGUACAUCAUUGUUGCAGCUAGUGGAGGUUUUCUCAUCGUCUUGGUAAUAGCGUGCAUCUGCUGUGUGCAACAUAAAUUUUCACUUAAAUCAACUAAUAGGGAUUACAUCAACGAAAACCGCGAUAAAGAUCAACUACCACAGGAUUCUGAGUCCAACAGGAGAGGUGAACGAUCUGACAAGGAAGAGGGUGGUACCAAUAACCACCCUGCACUGGACACUGAAUGUGACCAGGGAGAUGGAAGAUGUAAUGUGCAUGAAACAGGAAUUGUUCCAGGAAGUGUUCCUGCUCCUAUGAUCAUUUAUGAAAAUAAUGAACAUGACCCAGAAUGGGGGUGUGUGAAAAGGCAACCGUGUGUCCAUGAAGGUGCCAUUUGCAUUUGGAGAACACAGGAAGAAAAUGCACAAAAGCCAUACUAUGUGAAUCAGUCAGAAAUACGGAUGCAAGCAGAGGCCGAAAUGAAGACUAAGAAGAGAAGAAGCAUCUGGAAAAGGAAAAAUAAUCAACAAAGUCUUGAAUAUGAAAACCCCAUAUAUUCCAACAAAACUGCCACCCAUUCUCAGGAGAUGGAUAUGCAAAUUGGACCAGAACCUUAAUGUUGUCCCAGCUCACGGUGUGCAGAGUGUCAUCUUCAUGAAUCAAAAUGAAAAUUGAAUUUAUAAAUUUGUGAGCAAGUGAGUGUGUUUCCAGGGUGCAAUGUUAAGUACUUAAUUGUGCAUGUUCUGGAGGUUGACUGCA